AUGGCAGCUCCCCUCGGCCGCGCGCUCUUGGCCGCGGCCGUUGCGGUGUCGGGUCGGGUGUUCGGCCUGACCGCCGCCCCCCUGUCGAGGGACGUCCGCGGCCCAGACGGCGAGACGAGCAGGGAGGAGAUCGACAGGUGGCUGGACGAGGCCUCCGAGAAGAGCGAGGCCCUCGAGCAGGAGACGCAGUCCGUGCUGGACGAGAUCGCCAAGUGGAUCUGGGAGGACCCGCAGGCCAGGGAGGAGCAAGAGCUAGAGAUGCUGGAGGGCAUCCUGUCCAAGUGGGACGCCGAGAACGAGACGCGGGUCGAAGAGACGGCCCGGCGCAUGGCGGCGAUCGCGUUUCGCCGAGAGCUGCAGGCUUUGGUGAAGGCAAGGACCACGCGGCCGGCGCUGACGCUGACCAGGGAGGCGGCAUGGAAGAUGGCGACACCGCCGAGCAAGGAGCUGGCAUAUGCGGCCAACCCGGCGGACACGAUCGAGAAAUCGGAGGCUGGGGAGUCUUUCCCGGAGGUCGGGCUCGUCACCAAGGAGUUCAGGAACUUGGAGGCGGCCAGGGCGUUCAGAGGCCUGGCGGCGGAGGAGCUCAUCGACAGCAUACCGCGCGGCAAGAAGGCGAGGCGCCGCCACUACCGUCCAGCGCCACACGCGUCCAAAAGGACGAGGGAAAUGGUCGCCCAGGCGAUAGAGAGCUGGCUGCCCGAGGCUGCAAAGGAGACCUCCGAGAUCGACUCAGUGUAUGCGUCUGCUAACCAGAAGCUGGGCGAGCAACUGGAGACGAUUGCGAAGGAGCAGGCGGCCGACCAGGAGCUGCUCCACCAGCUGGGGAACGUCUCCACCGAGCAGGAGGAGGACGUCGUCCCAGAGGCAGACAAGGAGCUGGCGAUCCUGCAGGGCAUCUGGGACAGGUACGAGUUCGAGAGCAGAGCCGUCAGCGCGGAGGACCUGGCCGAGAGCCUGCACCUGAUGCAGGACCCCAGCGGGUGGUACAGCGAGGCCCUGAGGGCGUUGCACCAGAUCGGCCAGGGCGAGCCCGAGGCGCCCGAGAUCACGAGGCUGCGCGAGACGGUCGACAGGCUGGAGUCCGACCUGGAAGCGGUAGAGGAAGCGCUGAAGGAGGAGCUGGCGCAGGCCCCCGAGGAGUCUGGCCCCGCGAGGGCGCGCGCGAGCCAGCGCAUGGCUGCGCUCCGCCGCCAGACGACAGAGGCCGUGGCCGCAGCGGUCAGGGCCAGGAUCGACUCGCGCUUGGAGCGCGCCCGCAAGGGGCCCUAG